GUUUCAGGGGGCGUCUGCACCGGGAGUGGGGGCCGGAGUUCCUAGCGGACGUCGGGUUGCGGGGCCUGGUGCAGCGGCGGAGAAGAGAACCGAGGGACCAGCAGGGAUGCUGCCUGGGGUCCUUCCUUAAGGGUGCUGGAGAAAGCGCGCUAUCCCCGCUGUAUUUAGAAUGACCCGAGGGUGGAGGUGAACCCUUCCUUACACGUAACAGGUUUUGCGAGUGGCGGACACUUCCUCUGUGGGACACAGAAGAGUGCUGGUGAGCGGAAAGGAUGCCUCCUAAGUUCAAGCGCCACCUAAAUGAUGACGAUGUCACUGGGUCUGUGAAAAGUGAAAGGAGAAAUCUUUUGGAAGAUGACUCAGAUGAAGAAGAGGACUUUUUUCUACGGGGACCAUCUGGACCAAGAUUUGGGCCUAGAAAUGAUAAAAUUAAACAUGUUCAGAAUCAGGUGGAUGAAGUCAUUGAUGUAAUGCAAGAAAAUAUUACAAAGGUCAUUGAGCGAGGAGAGCGGCUAGAUGAACUGCAGGACAAAUCAGAAAGCUUAUCGGAUAAUGCAACUGCAUUCAGCAACAGAUCUAAACAGCUCCGAAGGCAGAUGUGGUGGCGUGGAUGCAAAAUAAAAGCCGUCAUGGCUUUGGCCGCAGCUAUCCUUUUGCUAAUGAUUAUCAUUCAGAUCAUCCUGCACUUGAAAAAAUGAAGUUUUACCACCAUCAAAACUAUCAUUACUUAACACCUGUGAAGAUCAACAGAAAAAUUCAAGUAGCUUUGCUAAUGUUAGUUGAUGCCCAGUGAAAUCAGGUCAUGACUUCUAUGCCUGAAGCGUGCCCUUGUGGUUUGUCUGUAACAGAUGCCUCUUCCUUGCAACAGUUUGUGAUGAGUGGGCUCUUCCUCCUGAUCAGAACUCAGUGAUGCCUGUGGUCUUUGAUUCCAUUGUCAUAACAAAACCCUUUGGAAAUUGUCCCAAAAUUGUAUAAACUGGGACAUUUAUUGAUUAAGAGAAGGUCCAGAAUUGAUGAUGGAACACUGUUUAAGGUGGAGAAAGGGUAGUACACAUCAGGUGUCCUUACAGUUCAUCUCUGGGCUCUGCAUUAGAAAGUACUGUUGGCGCUUUAAUGGCAGAGUUGACACCUUGCUGUUCUGUGUAGCAUGUGGGUACCCUGUAAAUACAUACACACAGGCUGAGGCCCAGACAUGGAAGUUGCUUGAAGUCUUUCCUUACCACUUCCACGUGGUCUCUGUCCUGUUAGCACUGUAAUCCAAACAGACUUGUCUUGUAAAUACUUUGUGGUUAGAAAAUACGCGAGAAGUCUUUUCCACAUUGAACACAAAUGUCGUUAGUUGUAUUGAGUCAGAGUGUUACUAAGCUAGGGACUGUACUAUCAAUCAGAUUUUGUGUUUUCACAUAGAAAUGUUACUGGAAUCAUUUUUACUUUUCCAUGAGUGGUAGUAAGAACUGAGCCCAUCUAAAUACGUUUUGGGAAGGCAGUUGCCAUAAAACAGUGUAAAGACAGUGAGUCAGAAGGAGCAGAAAGGGGCCAUCUUAGUCCAUACAAAUGCCACCCUCCCUUAGACUGACAAGAGUUUGAGCCUAUUUUUGUUUGUCUUGUUUUUGAGACUAUGUGACCCACGUUGGCCUCAAAGUCAUAGAGAGCCACCAGCCUCUGCCUCCUCGGUGCUGGAAUUAAAGGUGUGCCACCAUGCCCUGCAGCCUUUUUCUUUUUCAUCAAAGAAAAAUUCCUGGGCUCAAGUAAUCUUUCUAACUUAGCCUCACAAGUAGCUGAGAACACGGAGGCACCACCAUGUGCAGAUGGGUCUUCUCUUUCAGCCUGGUGUUAGUCUUACUUGGAUAUUUAUUUUCCUAUGUCAAGUAGAAUAAGGGAUGGGAACACACUUUUAUUCUGGCUCUUGUUUUAUUUUGCAAAGCUUCUUAGAACAAGUGAGUAGGGCUGAAAAUAAAAACAUUGCUAAUCCAGUUGGAAUAAUUGUAAGCUUGUAGAGCAAGGACUAUGCCGCCCUGUUGUCUCUCAGCACUGCAGCUCUCUGGCAGAUGCUAGACAAACGUGAGGGGAGAGAAGGCUGUGCUUAAGAAGUCACACCGUGUGGGUGUGAGAGCUGAUUCCCAGUGUGUUUUGAGAGGUGUCAUGAGUGAUCUAGGUGAUUACCUAGAGAUAAACAUGUUCUUGUUAUAAUUGAGUAUAGAAAAAUUCUAGUUUUACAGUGUUGCAUUAGCUUCUUUUCACUUGAAAAGUUUAUAAAGUAAAAUCACAUUAUUUUAAAGCUGUAAAUUGCAUAUGUCUAAGGAUUUAGUAAAAUGUUAGCAAUAAGAAAAUUCAGUAUUGAUUUUAUGUCUUAGUUGUAUGUCAUUAUUUUACUUCCCACAAUCCCUAAUUUAACCAUUUCGGCAAGUGCCUUUGACAUUUAAGGGGUAUGAUGGGAGAUGAGCAAAUGUAGGUGCCACACCCGUUUCCCUGACUUCUCAAUUCCUCGUGGCCAUUUCUGUUUUACAGUGCUACAAAGUUCAGUCUUUGUGUUCAUGUGGAAUGUGUUUGUAGCCUCUCCAAAGUAAACAGCAAAAUAAACCAUUUUGUAGAAAAUGAAAAGUAAGCACUUUGGGUUGUUCAGUAUGUAUAUCCUGUUGACUUAACUUCAAAGCAAAACGCGUGUACAAUCACCCUAAUUUCAUUGGUCCUUGAUUUUCCACUAAAAUACAUGGAGUAAAAGUAAAACCUAUCUAGAAAGAAUUUCUCAAUGUACAGCACCAAGUGUCAAGAGCCGGGAAAUGAUUGAUUAGGUACUCAGGUUUAACCUCUCUGGUGUCCAUUUCAGAGAGAGGAAGAGGACAAAAGCCGCUUAAUUUUAAUAAUGUACCAGUCAGAGCUGGGCAUGGUGUUAUCUGCCCAUAAUUCCAGCACUCAGGACGUAGAGACAGGUGAUCAGGGAGUAGUUGAAGGCAGAGACAACUGCAUAGUGUGAAGUCAGCUUGGGCUGCGAGAGCUUGUCUUUAUUUAAAAAACAAGUCGUCCCAGUCAACACCUGGCACCUGGCCCUCCGCAGUGUAGCGCGGUCUGAGUAGUGAUCUCUGUCACUAGCUUCCCCCCAGACCCUAAAUGUCAUCUCUGUAGUAUCCCAAAGCUGUGCUCAGGAAUGGAGAUAGGAAACACCUUAGGUACACCCUAAGAAUGGCAAAUCUAGAGGACACUAUUCGGUCUUUGUGUUUGCGUAUCAGCAUGUAAUAUACUUGGUGGCUCCACUUCUGAAUGUCCCCAACUCCUGACGUUGUAGUCCUCCCAAUACAACUCUCGGUCCUCUCUGAACACAUUCCCUUAUAAUCUUAUCUAAUAUUAUCAUGAAACACCCUUGUUCUGACAUCCCAAGUUCAUGUCUCCUUCUCUUGAAACUGGACUCAUGAAUAUUCCAUUUGUCAUGUUUCAUUAUUACUUAUUACUGCUUGUACAAGCCCAAAAUAAAAUUCUAAUGCCAGGUAUAGCACAUACCUGUAAUCUCCA